AUGAGCAUCUGCGUGCUUCUGCGUCAGGGAUUCGACAAAAGCUACAACGUCCUGAUGGCGGCCCUGGCCCUCGCUGACUCCUCCUUCCUCUCCGCCAUGUUCGCUUACGGCUUUGUCUCCGCCGCUGGCUUCCGCUACCCCCCCAAGGUCACGACCUUCCACUUUGUCUUCUUCGAGAUUCUCCGCGUCCUUGACUACGGCGGGGGCUGGACGUCCUUCACCUUGCCCCUGCUCAUCACGUCUGAGCGACUCCUGGCCGUCUUCUUCCCCAUGAGUAUAUCCCGGCUCGUCUCCCCUAGAAAGACUUUUGUGUCUGUGCUGGCUGUGGCGGGAGUUCUGUACGGCAUGAUGAUCUACCUGGUCGUGUUGUCCAGCCUGGGCUAUGACCUGACCUCUGUCUCCAACAACGCCUCCAGCAGCCCCGGCUACAUCGAGCUGGCCGUGUUCCGGAACUCUCUCGACAGCACGGCAGCCAUCACCAGCUUCAGCACAGUUCUCUUCGGCCCCUUCCCGAUCUGCUACGUGUUCACCGGCUGUGUCGUCCUGUCCCUCAAGAUCAAGAUGGCGAGCCGGAGGCGGAGUCAACUGACCCGUGGUCACUCCAAGCAGUCUGGCAGCGCCACACGCGUCACAGGCACCCUCCUGGUCGUCUGCUUGUUCUACACCGUGUGCAGCACGUUCGUGUUUCUGCUCCACUCUGACGUCAUCCGCAGCCUGUACAGCGGCGCCGACCAGGGCCUGACGGAAGUGGUGCUGCAGGAAGUGGUCAACGUGGUGGCUCUGCUCAACAGCUCCGUCAACUUCCUCAUCUACAUCGUGAUGAACAAGAACUUCCGGGCCACGUUUGUCUCCAUCCUGGCGUCUCUCUUCAUCCGCGGCGCCACAGCGGCACAGAGGCAUGGACCGCGCUAA